AUGGCAGAGCCGGGCCCGGAGCCGGGGCGCGCUUGGCGACUGCUGGCCCUAUGCGGGGCUGCGGUGUUCCUGGCGGCGGCCGCGGCAGGAGGGGCGCUGGUGGCCUGGAAUCUGGCGGCCUCGACGGCCCGGGGUCCCCGUUGCCCCGAACCCGAGCAGGUCAACUCCACGGUGUGGCCCCCAGACUCGGCGCCCGAGGUGGAAGAACUGAGGCGGCGGCUGGCCGAGGCUGAGCAGCGUCAGGAGAGCCUGGUCUGGCGGCUGCAGCGAGCAGAGGGCAAUAGGAUGGAGCUGGAGGUGGCGCUCAAGGCCUGCAAGGAUCACCAGAGCCGCCUCCAGGCCCAGCUGAAGGCCCUGAAGAGUGAGAUGGACCAGGCGGAAGCCAGAGGCACGCAGAUGGGGCUGGAGAACGGAGAGCUGGCAGAAGCCUUGGCGCGCUGGGAGGCAGCUGCCGCUGAGUCCAAGCAACAUCUGGAAGAGGCGUUGCAGCGCGCAGGCGCAGCAAAGGCAGACGGCGAGGCCUGCCUUGGCCGCGAGGUGGCGCUGACGGAGCGCGUUUACGCCCUGGAAGCUGAGCUCGGCGCCCUGAGGAGAGGGUCGCGCCCCCGACUCCGCUCGGGACCUAAGUCCAAGCCCAGCGUCCGCUCCCGACCGAGGUCUGGACCCACCAAGGGCUGCCGGAGGCCACCUCGCGAUCUCCAGUAGGGACCUGGCGGAAAGUGUGCGUGAGAAGCGUGGCCCGCAGCAUCCACGCGCAGCUUUCCACCCACGACAGCCCAGGUGGCAGCACACAGACUCAACCGUUCCACAUAGGGAAACUGAGGCUCCUUCGCCCAGGCCCUGGUGUCCCUGGGGUCCGCGACACAACCUGCAUCCCGUAGUCAAGGCUGGGCUCACCCAGUAGGAGCACAAACAACUCCAGGUGCGAUUUCAACAGAGAACCGGGGCGCACGCAAAUGGCGGUUACAAGUCCUAAGGAGCCUCGAGGGUCGGGGCCGGGGGACUGCGUUGUG